CCAGACUCCUUGUCCCCCCUGCAUCUCUCUCUCUCUGUUUCCUCCACCUUCCCUGUCCCCCUGCAUCUCUCUCUCUCUGUCUCUCUCUCUCUCACGCUCUCUGUUUCCUCCACUCUCCCUGUCCCCCUGCAUCCAUCCAUUCAUUCUAUCUACAGCGCUACGGACCUAUCAUGGGGGACUGGAGCUUUCUGGGUAAUAUUUUAGAGGAAGUGAAUGAGCACUCAACGGUGAUCGGCCGGGUGUGGCUCACGGUCCUCUUCAUCUUCCGCAUUCUCAUCCUGGGUACGGCGGCAGAGUUUGUGUGGGGUGAUGAGCAGUCGGACUACGUCUGUAACACGCAGCAGCCCGGUUGUGAGAAUGUGUGUUACGACGAGGCCUUCCCCAUCUCCCACAUUCGCCUGUGGGUUUUGCAGAUCAUCUUCGUGUCCACGCCAUCUCUGGUGUACGUAGGCCAUGCCGUGCACCACGUCCACAUGGAGGAGAAACGCAAAGAGCGUGAGGAGGUUGAGCUGAGUCGCCAGCAGGCGCUGAGUGAGGAGCGGCUGCCUCUAGCACCCGACCAGGGCAGUGUGCGCACCACCAAGGAGACCAGCACCAAGGGCAGCAAGAAGUUCAGGCUGGAAGGCACCCUGCUGAGGACAUACAUCUGCCACAUAAUCUUCAAGACGCUGUUUGAGGUGGGCUUCGUGGUGGGCCAGUACUUCCUGUACGGCUUCCGCAUCCUGCCGCUGUACAAGUGCAGCCGCUGGCCCUGCCCCAACACCGUGGACUGCUUCGUGUCGCGCCCCACAGAGAAGACUGUCUUCAUCAUAUUCAUGCUGGCCGUCGCCUGCGUCUCCCUCUUCCUCAACUUCGUGGAGAUUAGUCACCUGAACCUGAAGAAGAUACGCUUUGUCUUCUGGAAGCCAGCCCCAGGGCCAGCCCAGGGUGAGGGCCCAAGCUCCCUGUCCCCUCCAGGGGGGGUCCUCAAGAGCCUGCCCCCCCUGGCCGUGCCUUCCUUCCAGAGGGCAAAAGGCUACAGGCUGCUGGAGGAGGAGACCCACCACUACCCCCUGGCGGAGGCAUGCAUGGAGGCAGGGAGGCUAAUCGCUCUGGCCCCGCCCUUUCAGUGCAAGGAGGAGAAAGUGGAGGAACUGGGGCACAUGGACGACAUUUCAAAAGUGUACGAUGGGACCUUGCCUUCCUUCACCCAGACCACAGAGAUAGGGGAGGACACACUACCACUACACCAAGAGGAGGAGGAGCAGCAGCAGGAGGAGGAGGUGGAGGAUGAAGAGGAGGAGGUGGUGGAGGAGGAUGUGGUGGAUGGGGUGGUGGAGGAUGUGGUGGAUGGAGUGACGGAAGAGGAUGUGGUGGAUGUAGUGGCGGAAGAGGAUGUGGUGGAUGGGGUGGUGGAGGAUGUGGUGGAUGGAGUGGUAGAGGAUGUGGUAGAUGGGGGGGUGGAAAGGAAGAAAGAGGCAGAGGAGUGUGAGGAGGAGGAGGAUGUAGUGGAGGAAGUUGUUGAGAAGGUAGGGGAGGUGGUGGAGGAGGAAGUAGUGGACGGGGACGAGGGACCUUCAACCAAGGUGGGGAUGGAGGUGAUGGAUACGAUAGAGGACACAAGACCACUGAGCAGAUUGAGCAAAGCCAGCAGCAGGGCCAGGUCAGACGAUCUCACCGUAUGAACCUGUGAGAGAACACACACAAAUGUACACGCACGCAAACACUGAACACAGGAGAACACACACAUCUAGCUCAAGACAACAAACACUUAUUACCAUUAGGAUGUGGGUAACAUCACUCAAUAAGGCAACAAAAGGAUCUGUGCUUAUUUGUGGGAUAAGUGAAUAUUUUAAAAGGUUGUGUUUUAAGAGAGGAGGGAUAGAUUUAUUUUAUUAAGCAUGUUAGAUGAAACCAAAUGUAGAAAGGACAAACAUGCCAAGAGGGGAAAAUAUUUUUUACUUGAUGAAAAUCCAUGCUGUCGACCUUUUUCUAUUGAAAGACUUUCAACAAUAACCAAUGAAAGAUUACUAAUGUUUACAUAUUCUGGGGGGUUGAAUGGGUAGGGGGAAGAGAUUGAUCAUAUAUUCUUGUGUGUCUGCAAAGCAGUAAAAUUACUGUAGGCAGGCAAUCACUUUCAUAUGUAGCUGCAAAUAUGUUGCAGGUGGAAGGGCUGUUGCACACCAAGUCCGUUGCACAGAAAACAUAUGACUCUUUAACACCAAGUUGAUAGUUAAUUUUUGGAUUGAAAAUAGUUAUUUUUGCACACAUUUCUUAGAGGAUAUAGAACUGUGCAAGGCCUCAUAUCACCUCAACUACGCAGCGAUUUACUCUUCUUUCAAUGGAAGGCAGAUUGGCAAUGAAGUACAAAAGCAUAUAUGUCCUUUUCAUGUCUACAUACAGAGUAGUACAGCCAAAAAGCAGAGUAGUAGAGAAAAACAAACCAAAAAAGGACCAGAUGUUAAUGGUCUCUUUUCAAUGUGAUUCUACAUCUGAUCUUUUGGAUUGCUUAUAUCUUUGGUUGCCUGUAUAAUAAGUGGGCACUGUGAAAAUGUUGUCUGUCUGUGAAAAGAGAGGAGUGCUGGUUUUGCCCGAUCACAGACUGGACCAUAGUAACAACCUCAGGCCAAAUCCUCUGUUUUCGCGCUGUACAACCCGGCGUCAGGGCGAUAAAGAUCACGCACGAUCAGCACAAAGUAUUGUGGAGCCACAGACAAUAAAAGAAAGCACUCAUGCAUGAAAACAAGCAUCCUUGACAUUGUUGUGGGGGAAAAUCAUUUUACUUGAUUUUAUUUGCCCUUGAUGGGCAAUUCCCUUGUAGAAAUAUGAAGUAGUUAGGGCAAUGUUCACAACGUUUUCUAAAAAAUAUAUAUAAAAGGAGAAUCUUAUUGUACAUAAAGUAUAAUUGUAUCUGAUGUCUAAUAGCAAACAUUAUGUUGAGAACACUUAGUUUAAAUUCUGAUAUAAUCUAUAGCUAAAUUAUUAUUACUAUGAUGACAAUCGUUCAUUUAUCCAAUAGAGAAACUUCCAGUUAUUUAUUUAAACACUAGAAAAAACUUCCAUAACUCUGCUUAACUCUGCUAACUCUGCUAACUCUGCUACAGUCACUGUUUCAGUAGGGAAAAUGAAGUGCCUUUCAAAACCUGAGCAUUAUUUCCAUAAUUACCAAAGACUAGCAUUUCAGAACCUUUUGACCUGUCUUCUCUCUGUCCCAGAGAUGUUCUAUUUGUAGUAUUAGUAAGUUGUACAAGAGCAGAAGUUUAUCUUACAAGUACUUAAAAACAUCUAACAAAAACAAUGCCCUAUGAAAGGGAUGCUUUAAAGUACAACCAAAUAUGUAUCUAUUUUUCUCUCUUGCGCUCUCUGCUUUCUUUAAAUUGCUUGGCUAUGUUGCUUUCUAGUGUAUAAUUGUUCAGUGCUUUAUCUGUAAUGUACAUUCUCAAAUGUCUUUGUAAAGGUUAAAGUGCUUACAUAGCUCUGGGAAAACUGUGAAGGUCAUGUUUUUAAUGUCAUGUUUGAGAUAUUUUUCUUUAGCAUUAAAAUAAUCCUUUGUGUACUAUAUGCAACAUCAUGUAGAGUAUGUCUGCAAAUAAGUGUACUUGCUUCUCAGUCAGUGCUGUGCCUUAAAGCAAAGCAUUGGGGUUGUUCUGUGCAGCAGUGUGUUUAUACAGUGACACAGAUUUUAAAAUGGCGCAGAAAAGCCACACACAGAGAGACACACUCACACACAUGCACACAUGCAUACACACACACAUGCAUACACACACACAUGCAUACACACGUGCAUGCAAACGUAACACACUUCCUGUGUUGGUUUUGGGGGUAUGAUCAAAUGGCUCUAGACAAACUCUGACAGAGAGGCAGCUUUGACCACUUUGUGAUCCCCAGACACUCCUUUGCCUCCCAUAAGCCAAAGCUGUGACAACCUUGUGAAUGAGACAACAGGCAUUUCACAAUUGCAGAAUAGUUUAGCACAUUUCAACACUGUAAAAUAUAUUCCAAAACUGGGGCAGGUUCGUUUUUGAUUUAAAACAGUUAACCUUGCUUUAUUGUUCUAAAAAACUUUUGAUUCAUCUUUGGAAAGAAAAUAACCCUUUUUACUAACUUGUAGUCCUUAUGCUCCUAGUUGUGUUUUUACUAACUUGUAGUCCUUAUGCUCCUAGUUGUGUUUUUACUAACUUGUAGUCCUUAUGCUCCUAGUUGUGUUUUUACUAACUUGUAGUCCUUAUGCUCCUAGUUGUGUUUUUACUAACUUGUAGUCCUUAUGCUCCUAGUUGUGUUUUUACUAACUUGUAGUCCUUAUGCUCCUAGUUGGGUUUUUACUAACUUGUAGUCCUUAUGCUCCUAGUUGUGUUUUUACUAACUUGUAGUCCUUAUGCUCCUAGUUGGGUUUUUACUAACUUGUAGUCCUUAUGCUCCUAGUUGUGUUUUUACUAACUUGUAGUCCUUAUGCUCCUAGUUGUGUUUUUACUAACUUGUAGUCCUUAUGCUCUUAGUUGUGUUUUUACUAACUUGUAGUCCUUAUGCUCUUAGUUGUGUUUUUACUAACUUGUAGUCCUUAUGCUCCUAGUUGUGUUUUUACUAACUUGUAGUCCUUAUGCUCCUAGUUGUGUUUUUACUAACUUGUAGUCCUUAUGCUCCUAGUUGUGUUUUUACUAACUUGUAAUCCUUAUGCUCCUAGUUGUGUUUUUACUAACUUGUAGUCCUUAUGCUCCUAGUUGUGUUUUUACUAACUUGUAGUCCUUAUGCUCUUAGUUGUGUUUUUACUAACUUGUAGUCCUUAUGCUCUUAGUUGUGUUUUUACUAACUUGUAGUCCUUAUGCUCCUAGUUGUGUUUUUACUAACUUGUAGUCCUUAUGCUCCUAGUUGUGUUUUUACUAACUUGUAGUCCUUAUGCUCCUAGUUGUGUUUUUACUAACUUGUAGUCCUUAUGCUCCUAGUUGGGUUUUUACUAACUUGUAGUCCUUAUGCUCCUAGUUGUGUUUUUACUAACUUGUAGUCCUUAUGCUCCUAGUUGGGUUUUUACUAACUUGUAGUCCUUAUGCUCCUAGUUGUGUUUUUACUAACUUGUAGUCCUUAUGCUCCUAGUUGUGUUUUUACUAACUUGUAGUCCUUAUGCUCUUAGUUGUGUUUUUACUAACUUGUAGUCCUUAUGCUCUUAGUUGUGUUUUUACUAACUUGUAGUCCUUAUGCUCCUAGUUGUGUUUUUACUAACUUGUAGUCCUUAUGCUCCUAGUUGUGUUUUUACUAACUUGUAGUCCUUAUGCUCCUAGUUGUGUUUUUACUAACUUGUAAUCCUUAUGCUCCUAGUUGUGUUUUUACUAACUUGUAGUCCUUAUGCUCCUAGUUGUGUUUUUACUAACUUGUAGUCCUUAUGCUCUUAGUUGUGUUUUUACUAACUUGUAGUCCUUAUGCUCUUAGUUGUGUUUUUACUAACUUGUUGUCCUUAUGCUCCUAGUUGUGUUUUUACUAACUUGUAGUCCUUAUGCUCCUAGUUGUGUUUUUACUAACUUGUAGUCCUUAUGCUCCUAGUUGUGUGGCAGUAUCAUCCUUUCGAAAGUGAACCAAGGCAAUAAAAGGUCACACGUGGUCAAGAAGU